GGCAACCAAGCCGGUGAAACGCGUGCGCUAGAGCCGCAUAGAUCAUAUAGAGGUGACAGCGCAGGGCCGGAGGCUCCCUCGAGCCUUUGUCAACUUUUGGUCACGCUGCGACGUCCUGCCGCGACGCCUAAACAGCUCUCCCGCUGGGCCGGCUGUCGCCGUAGAACAGUUAAAAAGGCGCUAGCGGCGUCGCUGGCAGCCGUGGCCCCGGCCAGGCAUCAGUAACGAGUCAAGACAGCGCCCAAGCGCCGCUGUCGCCCUGAAAAAGAACAAAGGAGCGGGAUGGCCGAAACAGCCCCCCCGAACACCGCCGCAAAUGGCGCAAACGGGUCAACCGGCGACGACCAGAACUCCGUCAUCAGCGAGGACUCCGACGACGCGCCUUUAUCGGCGCUCAUUGUCAGGAAACCGUCGGUAGAAGAACGCGAGCGCGGCGUCUCGUUAAUCGAGGAGCGCUUCCUCGCGGACCACAACAACGACACGCCACCGCAGCAGCCGCCCCACGAGGUCACGCCGGAGGACGGCUUCGCGCCGCCCCUGUCGCGAGCCGAGAACAACACGACCCCACCGAGCCCGGGCCAGCGCUUCCUCAGGCCUUCGGAAUUAUUCGCGCAAGACAAUAGAGCGGCCGUCCGGGCCGAACAUCCGGGCGACUUGGAUAGGGCCGUCCGCAACCGCCUCUCGGAGAUGUGGCGUUCGGUCGACGACGCGACGCGAAAAAGUUACGUAGAGAGAGCGAGAAAAGUCCGAGAACGCGCCCGGUCCGAGUCCCAGGACGACGACCAGCCCCGGGACCCCAGCCAACCGAAGAAGAAGAAGCGCAGCCCGCCGCCGAAAAAGAAGAAGCCGCCGCGGCCGCCGCAGCCGAAGCCGCCGUCGGCCGCGGCGGGGCUGGGCCCCGGCCAGCCCGUCUGCUGCGCCAACGAUCCCCAGCGGCGGGGCGUCGUCGUGAAGCAGACGGCGGGCUCCUGGUUGCUUGUUCGGUUUGCGAGAGGGGGUGAGACCAAAGCUAGACCUUCUCAAUUACGAGCUUUGAGGAGCGACGAAGCUCUCACAGAAAAAGAGAAGGAGGAGCUCGCGAAGCCCUUCGACCCGGUAGCGCGCGGCGUCCCUCGUCGACGCGGCGACGGCGUCGAGGCCGCGCCGUCGAUGCGCCGUCGACGCGAGAGCGUCGAUGGCGUGGGGGCGGAGCGAGUCGAGGGCGUCGGCGCGCCAUCACCACACCACCCACACAGGUCCGCGACGUCCAGGACGCGGUGGACGCGGACGUGCGCGUCGCGGCCGCAGACGGCGGCUUCGUCGGGAACGUGUUUAUAGAUAGGGACGGGACGGAGCGGCGGCAGUUCGAGGCCUACGCGUUACCUGGAGGUGGUGUGGGGGCGAGAUGUGGCGUCUGUGGGCUGGAUCAAGUGUUGCCUGAAAGUGCCGUGGCCGAUGGGGGCCGGGGGAAAGUCGUCCACGCGCUGAAGAGCCACUGCGGCUACUACGCGGCCUGUUCCAUGUCGGCGUCGAACGCCCACAUCGCCGCUCUCCAGGAGUUAGUCGCGGAGCCGCUGCGGAGAGGCAUGCCCGGAGACGCCGAGCGGCCUCAGGCCAAACCAAGGUCUGGUAGUAUGAAAGAUGAUGAUAGUAGGCCUCGCAAGCGUCCUGCUGCGCAAGCAGCGACGCAGGCCCUGACGGGGCAGGGGCGGGACCGAUCCGGGAGCGCGAAUCGGUGCGGCACUUGCGUGAACUGCCGCGCGAAGAAGGGUCGGUCGUGUCUGGAAAACCCGGACGAACCGGAAACCAAGAAGAAGAAGGCCGUGAAGCGGUCGCCGGCCCAGCGCAAGAAGCCGGCGCUCCAGACGCCGUUUCUGCCGGCGCAGCGGGGCUACGAGUCCGACGAGUCGUCGACCUUAGGAUGGGUGGUGGACGUGCCGGCCUGGGACGCCGACGAGGCGGCGCGAUUGAAGGAGAAGGACGCGGCGCUCGACGAGUUCGCGAACGACUUCUACCAGCGGGUUUAUGAUCCCUCGAAGAUCGCGGCGCUGGACGUCUGCGCGGAGCACGCGCGGCCUAGAAGGGCGGACGACGACGCGUGUGCGUGUGCUUUGAACAAGGACGCGGACCCGGUCAAGGCCGGCGGCUUAUGCAAGGACGCUUUGGACGCGCUGGUGACGCGCGGCGUCCGAGACUCAUUCGACGCGACGCGUCGCUCGCGCCGCCGGCGGGAGGGACCGAAACGAGACGCCAUCGACGCGAGGGGCCUCCGACGCGCGCCGACCGCGGCGAUGGCGUACUGAUCGCGGCGAGGGCGGGGGGCGCCGCGAGAGCAUCGACGCGGCGGGAGAGAGUCGCGUCGGCGGCGAGAGUCACCACAAAAACACCGACGCGCCUCGACCGCGGCGACGGCGUACUGCCUCCACGCCAUCGAUGCGAGGGCGGGGGCAGAAACAAAACCGCAACGCAGGCGAAGCGCCGCAACGGCUGCAACGGCCCCGGCGCGCUGGAGUUGCGGUGGGCCCUCGGGGCCCGAGGCGCCUUGGCGCCGAAGGACCGGGAACGAGCCGCGGCUUUGUUAGAUGACAACGAGGGCCGCGGCCUCGACGCGUGCCCCAGAGAAGUCGCGAAGGGCCUCUCGCGGCCGCUCGGCGAUGUGCUAGCCUGGUACUACGCAGCCAGGGAGCCAGACGACAAGGAGGGCGAGAAGGACGCGUGGCUGGGCGGGAGGCGAAGGCAGGUCGUCGACGGGCCGCAGCGGGCGCACCUCAACUUAAAUCAGCUGCACAACGUCGCUGAUGCCAAAGAUGAUAUUGAUCCGUUGAAGAGGAGGCAUCUCGACGCUCCGACGAUCGAGGAGAAGCCCUUGAUCGAUGAGGUCCCUUCAUUAGUAGAGGGCAAGGCGCGGCCGCCACCAGCCACCAAGUUCUUGGUAGGCGAGGUCGACGUGGGCCAGCGCUGCUGGGUCGUCGGAAGUUCCGCCAAGGAGGUCGCUGCUUCUCGUCGAUUGGAUUUAGUACAAUUGGAGCAUGCCCAGGGCACGUUCGUCGAAGGCACAUCUACCUCAGUACUAUUACCUACCCUACCAGCCUUGCCGGCGCCGUCGCCGCCGUCCCAAAAGGCCGUGGAACGGCGCCUCAAGUGCCAGGGCGGCGAGGUCCUCGAGGUCGGCUCGACGACCCAUGGGUGUCGACUGUGGUACGCGCCUCGCACGUUCGAGACCUGGAGGGAUGUGGCCCACAAGCUCAAAGGCUUGCAUUUGGCGUCGCCGAGCUUCUUCCCGACGACGGGGACGCGGAGGGAUUUGUCCGCGGCGGCUCUCGCGGGCUUCGGGAGCUGUGCCGUGUCGGCGCCGCGAUGCGCCUACCGCGAAGACACGCGCCAGACGGACCCCGCCGCCGCCGAGGAGCUCUGGGCGGCGCAAUUGGCCUUCUGCGCGCCGGGCGAGGCCUUUGCUUCUCGCGCUUUUUCCGGUGAUGACCGGAUCAUCCGGAGCCUGCCGGAGGCAACAUCAAACAGAACAAGACCCUUAAUAUUGCUCCCAUUAAGGCCGGGCUGGCCGCGCGUCGACACGAAGGGCCGCAAGGGCGUCCCAGCCACGCGAAAGGCGUCCUCCGACUCAGAGGACGAACCGGACGUCGACGGCAAGCGGGGCGACGCGUCCUUCGCGGCCCGGCGCGCUAGGGUCUGCUGCAUCGUGCCUCCUUCGUUAGCCAAGUUCCGGGGCGACUUGGAGGAGGAGCCCGACGAAGCUGAUGUUUUAAGGGAUGGGGACCGGUUGUGGGCGAAAUUGCCGCGGGGCAAGGGCGCGGCGCCGCCGCCGCGACGGCCUCGCGUACAGUCGGACGGCGAGCCUAGAACCAAACCUGUGACGCUGGACGCUCGUUCAGUUGCCACGGCGGCCGUCGCAUUGGGCUGCGACCCCGUCGCCUUGGAGAGGCGGAAUAGGGCAUCACCAGGAGCUUUUUCAGGAGGCCAAUACGCGCACGAGACCGAAAGGUCCCUUGGUCAUGGGUUAUUACUAUUAGGACGGACGGGCGCUUCCCUACGAGGCCCCUGCGCCCGGUGUAGGGUAAGAGGCGAAAGGCGGGGCUUCCGGUGCCGCGCCCUUCGAAGGCACGACGCGCCGGAGUGCCACCUGCCUCCGUCGGGCGGCUGGAAGGUCGGGUCGAGGAUACGAUGCCGCUGGGCCGACGAGGAGGACCAGCGGACGGUGACGUGGUACUACGCGAGCGUGACGGAGGUCGUCGCGACCGACGGCGACAAGGCGACGCUGCGCGUUUUAUAUGACGACUACGCGCCCGACGACCCGGCCGGCCAGGAUCUGAUCAACGUGCCCGACGACGACACGGUCACGUGCGAUCCGGCGCAGCCGCGCGUCAAGGCGUCGGCCGACGACCGACUGCGCAUCGGGAAGACGUUCGUUUGGUCGCGGAAUUCGCCUCGAGAGAAGCGCGAGCCGGGCCGCUGGCGCAUCACGGACAUCUUCGACUCGCUCGAGGAGGGUAUGGACCUGAGUGGAAAUCAACCAGUGUGUCGGGUGCACCCGACGAUUCUUCACUAAGUCAUUUCUCGGCGAUGACGUGGCCGCGCUGGCUCCGUCGAGCGGUGAGAAACCGGCAUCGCCACGCCGUCAAGCAGGCGUCGCGUCGAUGGCGUGGAGGACGACGCGAUGAUUCAGCACGAAAGCGCCGUAAAAUUUUGAUUUUCACACA